CUGCGGAGGGCGCGCAGCGGCGGCGGUGCGCGGAGCAGAGCUGCGGGUCGGGAUGAGCGAGCUGCGGCAGCGGCUGUGCGGGGAGCGGGAGCCCGAGGAGAAGGAAUCAGAAUCUGAGAACAAGCUGGAUGGAGAGACCGCAUCAGACAGCGAAAGCAAGUCUGAAUUUGGAGGAUCGCCCCCUGUGCCAACAUCAGAUGACACUCCAGAGGUCCUGAACAGGGCUCUCUCCAACCUGUCCUCAAGAUGGAAGAAUUGGUGGGUAAGAGGCAUCCUCACCCUGGCAAUGAUCACCUUCUUCUUCAUCAUCAUCUACUUGGGACCCAUGGUCUUAAUGACAAUAGUGAUGUGUGUCCAGAUCAAAUGUUUCCACGAGAUUAUCACUAUUGGCUAUAAUGUGUAUCACUCAUAUGACCUGCCUUGGUUCAGGACACUCAGCUGGUACUUCUUACUCUGUGUUAACUACUUUUUCUAUGGUGAGACUGUGACAGAUUAUUUCUUCACCCUGGUUCAGAGGGAGGAGCCCCUGCGAAUCCUCAGCAAAUACCACCGCUUCAUUUCUUUCGCCCUCUACUUAACAGGUUUCUGCAUGUUUGUCUUGAGCCUGGUAAAGAAGCACUAUCGCCUCCAGUUUUACAUGUUUGGAUGGACCCAUGUGACCUUGCUAAUUGUUGUUACCCAGUCGCACCUCAUCAUUCACAACCUGUUUGAAGGAAUGAUAUGGUUCAUCGUCCCGAUUUCCUGUGUGAUCUGCAAUGACAUCAUGGCAUACAUGUUUGGGUUCUUCUUUGGCCGCACCCCGCUAAUCAAGCUGUCCCCGAAGAAGACCUGGGAGGGUUUUAUUGGAGGGUUUUUUGCCACCGUUUUGUUUGGAUUACUGCUGUCCUAUGUGAUGUCUGGGUAUCGGUGCUUCACUUGUCCAGUGGAGUUCAACAAUGACACCAACAGCUUCACAGUGGACUGUGAGCCAUCAGAGCUGUUCCAGCUACAGGAGUACAACAUCCCCUUGGUGCUGCAGUCUGUGGUGGGAUGGAAGACAGUCCGGAUGUACCCCUUCCAAAUCCACAGCAUUGCACUGUCUACUUUUGCCUCCCUUAUUGGGCCAUUUGGAGGCUUCUUUGCUAGCGGAUUUAAGAGAGCCUUCAAAAUCAAGGACUUUGCCAACACAAUUCCAGGGCAUGGAGGUAUCAUGGAUCGCUUUGACUGUCAGUAUCUGAUGGCUACCUUUGUGAACGUGUACAUUGCAAGCUUUAUCAGAGGUCCUAACCCGAGCAAACUGAUCCAGCAGUUCUUAACCUUGAGGCCAGACCAGCAGCUGCACAUCUUCAACACGCUAAAAGCACACCUGGUUGACAAGGGAGUGUUAGUUGGCUCAGAGGAUGCAUAGACAGCCAUGUGAUUUGGAACAGGACUGAGAACAGACAAGCCUCCCCAUGGAAAUUCCUGGCUUGCCUGAUUUAAGACAAUAACAAGGCCUCAUUUCACUGUAACUUUUCUUCCUUUCUUGGUAAAUAUUUGCAUUUGUGUUGUUGUUUUUUUUAAAUACAUAAUAAUAUAUUUAUAUAGCUUUGGUUCAAAUGAGCAAAUCUGAAUUUGUAGCUGGAAAGGAAUGAAGACUUGGAAGAGUUGGUGAAGUAAGAGGGUACAGCUGUCCUUGUGGUCAGUUCUUAAUCAUCGAUGCAGACGUGGGCAGAGCUUUUCGUGAGAGUGGUUUUAUGCAGGAAUACAGUGUAGUGUCCAUACAGCCAGCUCUGCCAGCGGGGAAAGAUGAAGCCAUACAGCUCCCCUGGGUGCUGUGCCAGGCUGUGUUUGUGAUGGCAGCUCUGGAGACCUUAACUUUCUCCAGUGGUGACUGUGAAUGUUCAUUUUCCUAGAAGGUCACAUACACACAUGCCUAUGUGCAGCCCCUUGGAGAUUCUGCACAGCAAGCACAAGGCUCAAUUGGUUGGAAGAGGACCUUGUACUAAUCCAGCAAUAGUUCCUCUGCCCAGUCUGGCAUGUGUCUCCCUUGUCACUUGCUGUUUCUGCCAGUGCUUCUCACAUUCUCCUCUUCUAGCUGAUAUUUUGGCUAAUAAGAUCUUUUUUAACCUAUUAAAUUGGAAAUUAACUGGGGGUAAGGAAUUAAGAAGCUGGUAGUUGCUCAUGGGAAUGUGGGAGGUUCAGAUUGCUUCAAAACUGCAUUGAGUAAAAAGGUUUUAAAGAACAUCUAAGCUUUCAUUGAGUAAAUCUUGCCAAGUAAAAACAACCUUGUAAAUAACUUGGUUUGUUUUUCCUCACAACUUUAAGAAACAUCAAACCACACUUUUUUUUUUCUUUUUUUUUUUUCUUUCCAUUUCUUGAUGGUUGGAAACGCUACACUGGGACAUUUUACCCAACUUGGUUUUGUUUCUGAAACGUGCAGGUUGGGCUCCAGCAUCACACAGGUGCUGCCAGCUGGAUAUUUCAUUUUUCUUUCAGGGAUCAUGGCUGUUUGUUACUUGAGUUCUAGAUGUUGUGCUGCUGAGCUUUACCAUGGUCUGUGUUGCAUUUCAGCCUGGGCUCAUUUACCUGCAGGCUUCUGUCCUGCUUCGCUUAAUGCAUCUUGUCUUCAACAGGUUGCACUCAACAGUUGGAGGUUUUAUCAAACUAUUUUCCUUUAUUUUGUCACACGCUUUAAUUAUUUUAAAGAGCCUAAAAAUUGUAAAACUCAUUUUCUCUUUUUGUGACCAGAUAGUGAAAAUAUCCCCGACUUAUUCUAGGUCUUAUGCAGUGUUCUCAUGGAGAAGGUGACUGAUUUUACUUUCAUAAUUUGUGCACAAGAGAGAGAAACUUUUCCUUAUUUUAACCCAGAGAGCAAGUGUCAGGUAAAGAUAAUACAGAAGUACGUUGUUUUUUUCAAAUAAUUGCUGUCAUAAACCUUACACAGAGACACUCCCCCCAUGUGGAUGACUUGUACGUGCUGCAAACCAGCAAGGCAUCAGCAGGAAGUAAAACAGCUGCAGCUUUCAUGCUCGUGUCAUAUUCUGAUUCUGCUCUUGCUUUCGAUCGCCCUGAAAGAGUGGGCAGGAGAGCACAGAUGUGCUCCUGUAAAUACAUGAGUAGGACCCAGUCUCUCUCUUACUUCUGUACAACUCUGCGUUGUAAAUUCUGCUUCAUCUCCCUAAACAGGAGCUGUGGGGCAGAGGCUUGUGCCCAUUGCACUGCAAAUACAGGUGUUGAUCAAGAGCGUGCGCUGUGGAGAAGGAAGGACUGUUUCCACAGCAGUGCUGGCAAAGCUGCCAUCUUCUGGCAGGGUCAGGGCUGAUGUUUGGGGUCAGUUCAGGAUUGUGUUUCAUUAACGCCAACAGCAAAGAUGCUUCCCUAGAUCAGCUGUGGAGCCUGAUCUGAUCCAGCCUCAAUCAGGCAGGGAUUUAUUUUGUGUUGACUUGGAAGAUGUUGUUCCAGCAUCUAAAGCCCUGCAUUAGAAAAUCAGAGGAGAGAAUCAAAGUGCUUCCAUCUUGCUUUGCACAGAGAGUAAAUUUGGGCUGCAUUUUGCUAUGAUUUAUGUGAAAUUAGGGAGACCAGGUGAGGGCAUUUGAAUUGGGAAUAGGUGUGGAAGCCACAGGGUGUUGCACAGUCUCCAAAAGCAGCUUUCCCUGUGGUCACACAAGCUGGUGCUCUCCUGGAUUCUCACUGCCUGAUGGCAACACCUGCCAGAAUCCCUUAUACUGUGUUGUUGGGGCUGAAGUCUGUCCUCAGAAGAUACAGUGUUGAUAGAUAUCACAAAAGUGUACUGCUCUUUAUAGCCAUGCAUUUUUCACACUGGUCUCUAGUCUCCUGCUCAUCUUGCUUUAAGCCUUUCGUCCAUCUUUAGUCGUAAUUAGUGGGGCAAAAAGCCCAAAUCUUCGUGCAUGCUUUUGGUUUGAAGUAGCAUUUGGGCGUUUUUGGCGGUGCAGUGCUGCGCGUGGACACUGGAGGGCAAAGCAGCUGCGCUCAUGGCUGCGUGUUGCUCGGAGAGGAGCAGCGCUGCUGUGUGAGUGGCUUUCUGCUGAGCUCAGCUUUCUCCUUCCUUCCUCCCCAGCAGUGCAGAGGAUGAGCGUAAAGCUACGCGGAAAUGGCGCGCUCAAGUUCAGUUAUAACUGAAUGGGGCUGCUGCUUCAUUUGGGAAAUGGAGGAGGAAAUGAGAGAGGUGGAGGGUGGUUAGGGGAUCUGCAGGCUGGUCUGGUUGAGUAACAGUGGUGAGCAUAGCAGCUGUGGCUGGUAAAACCACUUGGUUUCUGCACCGCUGGUGGGAGUGCAGGAGGUGGCUCUGGUGUAGGGGAUAAUGCUGUCCAGCUCCUAGGGACAGCACUGCUGUUUUGGGGCAGGAUUCUGUGGGGUUGCCCCACCACUCCUGCCUGGGAAUGGCUUUAGUUUGCUGACCAUGUUUCAAGCUAUUGCACAGUAGUUUUGCUCUCGGUGAGCUCCAUAGGUGGAGCUGUUCCUCCUCUUGGGCAGCAGAGCAGCAAGAGUGAACUCCAGGCAUCCACGGUGGUUAUCUAGUGAAGAGCAUCGGAUGGUGGUGCGCUCUGCAGCAUUGAUGGGCUGUGUGGUUGAGCACUGGGUGAGUUCGGGUGAAUCUGCUUCUCUGAGCCUGGCUGUAGGCUGAAUGAGCUUCCAGCUCAGCUGCAUUCUCAGUGUGAGCGGCAGUGAAACACUGACACCUAGUUGUGGUGUUACAUCCUGUUCCCACCUCUGUGCUAUUUAAGUCUUGGUGGUGAUGGGCUCGGGGGCUUGCUGAUGCUGACCUGGAGGGGUCUUUAUGUGGCUCACAAAGGCUGCAAAUCCCACAGCAUCAGCCAGCUCUUGGUGCCAGGUUGGGGACUGCCAGUGUCAGAGGUGUCCGGGUGCGUUCGACGGCAAUGCGUGUCCCCAUCCCUCCUCCUCUUCCUCCUCUGACCAAUUGGUCCCGUAGGAGGAAGGCAGAGCACUGUGGUGCCAUCCCUGCACCUCAUCCAGACCUCUCUGCCUCACAGAAAGCAUCGUGUGAAGGCUCCUGUGGUUCUGCCCUUUGCACCCAUCCCCAGCUGCGUUCUGGCUCCUGUAGUGGUUGUGUGCUCCUAUUCUCCAGACCUGACCUGGGCAUUCCUCCAUCUGCUUCUUUCUCUGUGCAUCGUUCUUUCAGUUCAUGUUUUAGCUACACAUGUAGAGUUGCCUUUCUUUGACAGGAUGUCCGAAUGUGAUAUAUUGUAUAUUUUAAAGUAUUUACCCUAUUUAUAUACUGUAUGUUACUGUUAAAUAAAUAUAAGUUCCACUA